CUUGUCGCUAUGCCUGAGCCGGCGAAGUCCGCUCCGGCUCCUAAGAAGGGCUCCAAGAAAGCCGUCACCAAAGCCCAGAAGAAGGACGGCAAGAAGCGCAAGCGCAGCCGCAAGGAGAGCUACUCCAUCUACGUGUACAAGGUGCUGAAGCAGGUCCACCCGGACACCGGCAUCUCGUCCAAGGCCAUGGGCAUCAUGAACUCGUUCGUCAACGACAUCUUCGAGCGCAUCGCCGGCGAAGCGUCCCGCCUGGCGCAUUACAACAAGCGCUCCACCAUCACGUCCCGCGAGAUCCAGACGGCCGUGCGCCUGCUGCUGCCCGGCGAGCUGGCCAAGCACGCCGUGUCCGAGGGCACCAAGGCGGUCACCAAGUACACCAGCUCCAAGUGAGUCUCUGCCGGGACGCGGCGCUCGCUCGCGCGAGUGGCCGGCCUCUUGACCCCAAAGGCUCUUUUCAGAGCCACCUAUCUCCUCCCUGAAAGAAGCUGUCUUCUUGCUGCUU